AUCUUCAUGAAGCUGCAUUGAAAUUAGAACUAGUUCGUCUCCACCUGCAACUACGUGCCUCGACGCUCGAUGCUGUAUGCUUCCCCAGCCACCGUGCCUGGAUGUUAACGAAAAACAAAGCGUCUACUCGGAAAUCGUGGCAAGAUGAGGUCGCGCUGGAUGCAGUGAAUGAAAAGCACAAGAACCAGAAACUGUUUUAAAAAAAGCAAUAGAAAUACUAGUCCAUGGCCCCGAGAUCGAGAACUACUACGUCUGCACUCCGUCCUUUUCCAUCACACGCCAGGAGUCGUGUUGAUGUACAUCAAUGCACGAAAAGCGCUCCCGGUAUUUACUCAACUAGUCUCGUGCACUCCAAAAAAAAUCCUACCCUCGUUCUCAAGAAGUGAUACGACUUUUCGUAUAAUACGUUCGAACAAGUACAGCACAGCAAAGAAUAAACUAGCUUCGUGAAAAUUUUUACAUUCGAGUUGUAUGUUGUUUGUGGGUCGUCUCCGUCUCGUCGCGUGAACUACAAGAGAGCAGUGCCAUUCUUGCCUCGUUCUCGAAAGAAAAAAACAAGCGCCUAGCUGCUCCUUGACUUCUAGUACAUCAAGAAAUCCGUCGUUUCAAAAAACUAUCAACCUCCACAGCCCAGGACGUUUUUUAAACCAAAAAGAAACUACGACUUCUCGCACUCUCUACUCUCCUCGACAAGAAAAAGUACUCGGUCUUUAGGGAGUUGCUGUCCCAAAAGAAUUUUAAACUUCUUGUUGGAACUUCUACAUCCAACGUCAACGAAGUACGAAUCGACAGAAAAUGUUGGCUGCUCUCGCGAAGAAUCCAGUGGUGGAAGUGAUGGCAGGGACCUCGAGUCUGCCGUACGUGUGGGAGGUGAUGACCUUUUUGUUCCUGGCCCAGGUAGCCGAGACCGUGGUGCUGCUCUCGGAAGCAACCACUUUGGUGGGAAAGGCCGCCGACCUGCUCCGGAUUGCCGUUAGGGCUUUUGGAGGUAAUGAAGAAGCAUUGCAGUUUUGCAUGCGAAUUACAAUUAUUUAUGCGAAGAUGCGUACAACAAAGUAAAAGUUCUUCCCCUACACGUACAAAUUGUUAAUCACAAACCCACCCACUUCGAGCAUGCCACUUGUUAUGCUGAGUGGGGUACUAGCUUGCCGAAAGUAUUUUUCAAAUGCAGAUGAAUGCGUUCCGGUUCACGUUGUAAUUAGGCACCAAAAAAAUUCCAAUCCUCUAAAAAAAAUGAAAACUAUCAGGUGUGCACAUUGUGUUGCCGUUCAUUCUGGGUUCCUUCCCAUCUGUCCUGCUGAACGAGCUCGACCGGUAUGCGGGUAUCUUCGUGGCCGUGGUUGUCAUCUUCGUGUUGCUCGGCAGCUAUGUCCCAGACAGGGUCAUGAACGCACUCAACUACCCGAAACAGCUGGGCUACGCAAUCUUCGUCUCCAACAUCUGCGUCAGCGGAACCAUGCAAGGUUUUUUUUGGUGUUUUGCUUGGGUGGAGCUAGAAGGAGAAGGACAAUAGAAUUGAGCGGUCGUUCCGCUGUCAUGUUGUUCUGUACGACGUAGUGGACAACAAGUCAAGGGCAACCCACUAUAUUACGUUUAGCUCUUCAAGAACCAGUCCUUUUGCUAUGGCAACGAAAUUGCAUAUGCUAAAACUUCUACACAAACGACAGGUAUGGCCGCCUUCCCAGAUAGCGAGUGCGCGCCAGUUUUGUUGGGCUUCUUGGCCGUGUGCGGUGGGUACCUGCUGGAGAUGGGCGUGACCGCGAAAUUAUGAAAUGCAAAAAUGUCUGGGUCUGGAAGGUCGCAGAUUUUUGUCAUGUUGUUCUUGCAUGACACGGAAGGUCUGGCAUGGACGCCCUAGCAUCACAGGUUUAGAGAAGGUUACGCAAUGCCUAAUCCGCAUGACAACUCCUCUAUUCCGAUGACAGAGAAUGGGUAACUUUUGCUGCCUAAGCAUGAGAGAUUUCUGCGCGUUGUGAAAUGCGCAUUACAAGUUCGAAUCUUUCCAGACCCAGACAUAUUUGCAAUGCAUACAAAUUCUUCAAGAAGGACUAUUCCUCCGACCAGUUGUUGGCACUCUUCGGCCCGGUCCUCUUCAUGCAGCUGACGACGUACUUUAUAUUUUCUUUAUUUUGCUCGUGGUCCUCUAGAAGGAAAGUAGCAUAAUUUUUGCAUUCACUAUAGUGCUACUGCUACAACAAUUUUAAUGAAAGUGGAAAUCUGUAUUGCACAGCUGGUAAAAGUAAAAGAUGUUUUCCCAAAAACAAAACCAGCAACUCUCGUCUCCUGCUCGCCGAGCCGCUCGCGCGCGCGAUGGUGUUCGUGUUCCGUCUGUCCUGUGAAGUCAUUGACUACAAUGAAAUCCUGGCGUACGUGAAUUACCUGCGCAUCAAGGUCCUGCAGAAGGUCGCAACCGCGAUCGGCUAUCCGUAAUUUUGCGGCGGCUCUGCAGUUUGACGGAUGUUUACGAUAUCGGGACGAGGAGUAACACGAAAAGCAGACUCCUAUUCGGGCGGAAUAGCCAGCGAGUCAACACGACGACCUACGGAGGUAGGAGAUGAAAAGGUUUACGAAAAAAAGAAAAACAAUUUUGAGAUUUUACAGUAUUAACAGUAUGGCUUUCUAUUUGAUAGUAGAGAUUACAACUAAAGCUAAACACACACACUACGUACGAGAGCAGGUACGUAAAUAAACAGCAUUUAUUUUACGAGAUUACAGCAAUAGCAAAAACCUACGGUAGGACUUCCUUUAAACUGACUUUAACAAAAUUACCUUGAAAUUUUAUCACGUAUGUAUGAAUUUUAGCAAAGUUACAACAGCACUGCGGCUUGACCCGACGGAGCAUGAGCAAGCGCAAUCAAGUUUCUUUCUUAACCUUUAAAUUGCAACAAAAAUCAGCACCAAUUUCUCAACCACCUUUUAUUGUAAUCAGACAAGCAAAUUUCCAAGCAAAACCUAGAGUUCUGUAUGUUAAUGCCGUUCAGAGAAAAUGCACAAAGUUUUACCCGCAGAGACCUUUAUUUGGCAGUUUCGCACGACGAAAAGAAAAAAUGGCGGCUUCUCCGGAAGCUGCAUCUACCCUAGAAGACCAAAUUCUACCCUAGGAAUGCAUUGUACACUAUUCGCUUGAUAAGUAACCCACGGUAAGUAGCCCUACCACGGCGCAGCACUCGAAAAUGGGAAAUGCAGGACCUGUACGAGCAAUAUCAGAGCAAACGCAGAACGUAGUGCUGGCAGUGUGUCCGUCUCCGCAGGGUGGAAGUUACUAGAGCAGUAAAAUGUUGUUUUUUUCAAAACAAUGAUGUACGAAUGGAGAAAUGCGCACCAGCUUGCUUUACGGCAACCGCGUCUAGAAAACUUACGAGACGAUACGCCCACGACGACAAGUAGAAGAAACUCACAUUUGCUUCGUAGCGGCCCUUGUUUCCCCUGGUUCGAGAAAAAAAUACGACUUUGCGUCUGUCACUGCGCCGACGG